UAAAACGAAGAGAUGAAAUACCAAAUUUCUUUCACUUCUGUCUCCACCACCAACAGGUGCAAUCAGUCGGCCCGCAAAACAUUCCGUGUAAUUGCCCCUCAACUAAUCAACUCCCCACACGUGCGACUGUAAUUUCCACUGACGUAACAAUAAAAGAGCAACCAAUAAAUAAUCGCUUGCAUACAAGUUUAACCUCAACCUGUGUUAGUUUCAACAAUGGCUGGAGUCAUCAAUGGAAAAGAACAGAAAACGGUUCAGGCGGGUAAAAAAAGCGCUCUGAAAUUUAUCUCGAAUCUCAAUGUGAAUUUUGCAACCCCCGACCAACCGCCCAAGUGUACGUGGCACAAAGGGGUUGACCCAGAAACAACCCCACAUCGGAGGGCAGAAUGCGUCUUUUAUAGGAGAACACAGGAGAAGAUUUAUUCCGAUGUGACCAAAGCUGUGGGAAAUACACCCCUCGUGAGGCUCAACAAAAUCGCCAAGAGCUACGGGCUGGAGUGCGAAAUCCUGGCGAAAUGCGAAUAUUUCAAUCCCGGCGGUUCGGUCAAGGACCGAAUUGGAUUCCGAAUGAUUGAAGAUGCCGAAAUGGCGGGAAUUUUGAAACCGGGUUCGACUAUAAUUGAGCCAACUUCCGGAAACACCGGAAUUGGCCUUGCUCUUGGCGCGGCUGUUAAAGGGUACAGAUGCAUUAUCGUCAUGUCGGAGAAAAUGUCGAACGAAAAAGUCGACGUUUUGAAAGCACUAGGGGCUGAAAUCGUCCGAACACCCAUCACUGCCGACUCUAAUUCGCCAGAAGGGCUCUUUGGGGUCAGUCAUAGGCUCAAGAAGGAGAUCCCCAACUCGAUUAUUUUGGAUCAGUACAGCAAUCCGGGGAAUCCUUUGGCGCAUUACGACACUACGGCGGAGGAGAUUUUGCACCAAUGCGACGGAAAAGUCGACAUGAUCGUUGUGGGGACCGGCACCGGGGGUACAAUCACAGGAAUCGGCAAAAAAUUCAAGGAGGUCUCCCCCAGUACCCUCAUCGUGGGGGCCGACCCCGUGGGGUCCAUUUUAGCGCAACCGGAGGAGCUCAACCAAACUGAUUCAGAUUUUUACGAGGUUGAGGGAAUAGGCUACGAUUUUAUUCCAACAGGGUUUGACCGUUCUGUGGUCGAUCAUUGGGUCAAAGUGAACGAUCAAGAAUCGCUCCCCAUGGCCCGGAAAUUAAUUAAAGAGGAAGGCUUGUUGUGCGGUGGCAGCGCCGGUGCCGUGGUUGCUGCGGCGGUCAAAGCGGGCCGUGAUUUAAAAAAGGGGCAAAGAAUCGUCGUUAUUAUUCCUGAUAGUAUCAGGAAUUACAUUACAAAGUUUGUUUCGGACCACUGGAUGGAAUCGAAAGGUUUCAAACAGUGUGACAAUCCAAAUAAUCACUGGUGGUGGGACCAGAGUGUUGCCAACUUCACUCUGGAAGCGCUUAUAACUGCAACUUCAAGUAUGACAUGCGAGAGGAUCUUGCAUGUUAUGAAAAAACAAGGCAUCGAUCAGGUGCCCAUUGUUGACAAAAAUGGUGGAAUUUUGAGUAUGGUCACGAUGCAGAAAAUUCUAAAUGUCUUGAUCAGCGGCAAUGUGAGACCCAGUGACUCCAUAGACAAGGCUUCCGUCACUGUUUUCCCUAAGGUUUACCAAAAUGCGACUUUAGGGCUUGUCUCAAGGAUUUUAGAGCGUGAGAACUACGUUCUAGUUUUGGAAAAACAAAAUAUUGGACAAUCAACAAUUGAAAAACCCAUCGGAAUUAUUACAGCAGUUGAUCUCUUACAUCACAUUUCAACAAAUACGCCCAAAUAAAAAAUAAAAAAUUCCAAUUUGAUAAA